CGAACCCUCGUUACCUCUCUCCCUCUUAAGCGCCAUAAGCCCCUCGAAGCAUUAAACUUAGUCCCGAGACAAAGAUUAAACAAAGAAAAAGAAAAGAGAUAUCUAGGGCUUCGCUCCGUCCCAGAACGAUCGCCCUCGUGUGUUCUUCUUCUCACCGGUCUUUAGAGAAAAUAUGGCAGAUGCUGAGGAUAUUCAGCCUCUUGUGUGUGAUAAUGGCACUGGAAUGGUUAAGGCUGGAUUUGCUGGAGAUGAUGCUCCAAGAGCCGUUUUCCCAAGCAUUGUGGGCCGCCCACGUCACACUGGUGUGAUGGUUGGUAUGGGCCAAAAAGAUGCAUAUGUUGGGGAUGAGGCUCAAUCCAAGCGUGGUAUUUUAACUCUGAAAUACCCAAUUGAGCAUGGUAUUGUCAGUAACUGGGAUGACAUGGAGAAGAUCUGGCAUCAUACUUUCUACAACGAGCUUCGUGUGGCCCCAGAAGAACACCCUGUGCUUCUUACUGAGGCACCUCUCAACCCCAAGGCCAAUCGUGAGAAGAUGACUCAAAUCAUGUUUGAAACCUUCAAUGCUCCGGCUAUGUAUGUAGCCAUCCAGGCUGUUCUGUCUCUUUAUGCUAGUGGUCGCACAACAGGUAUUGUGCUGGACUCUGGUGAUGGUGUCAGCCAUACUGUCCCUAUCUAUGAAGGAUAUGCACUCCCACAUGCAAUCCUUCGUCUAGAUUUGGCAGGUCGUGACCUGACCGAUGCCCUCAUGAAAAUUCUGACUGAACGUGGCUACUCCUUCACUACCACGGCUGAGCGUGAAAUUGUACGAGACGUGAAGGAGAAGCUAGCAUACAUUGCUCUCGACUAUGAGCAGGAGCUAGAGACAGCAAAGAACGGCUCAUCUGUGGAGAAGAGCUAUGAGCUGCCUGAUGGGCAGGUGAUCACAAUUGGUGCUGAACGUUUCCGUUGCCCAGAGGUUCUUUUCCAGCCAUCAAUGAUUGGGAUGGAAGCUGCAGGCAUACAUGAGACCACCUACAAUUCCAUCAUGAAGUGUGAUGUAGAUAUAAGGAAGGAUUUGUAUGGCAACAUUGUUUUGAGUGGUGGGACCACCAUGUUCCCUGGUAUUGCUGACAGGAUGAGCAAGGAGAUCACUGCAUUAGCACCAAGCAGUAUGAAGAUUAAAGUGGUGGCUCCCCCAGAAAGGAAAUACAGUGUUUGGAUCGGAGGCUCCAUCUUGGCAUCCCUUAGUACUUUCCAACAGAUGUGGAUCACAAAGGCAGAGUAUGAUGAGUCUGGCCCAUCAAUUGUGCACAGGAAAUGCUUCUAAUUCUGCCAUGCUGGGAGGUGAGAUGAAGAUAACAGACGUCCCAUGCAUGGAGAUGGUGCUAGCUCUAUUUUCUUUCUUUUGCAGUUUUAUCUUACAGUAGUGUUAAUGAUUGUGCUAUUGGUGCUGUUCCUUGAAAAAACAUCCUAGUGGCCCUUUCUUUUAGCAUUGUUGUCCAGAGGAUGGUGAACCUUGUACUUCGAGGGGUGGCUAAUAAUGCUGCUUUAGAUUGGGUUUGAUGAGGCUUGAACCUUUUGUUUUCUCCAAUAAGUAUAUCCUUUUUAUUAGAUGUUUGUUCAACAUGAUUUUGUCUGUACUGUGGAGGCAGUUUACUUGUCUUGAAUAGCCUGCUUACAACUCUAGGAACUCCACACUUUUGGCUGUCGGUGUUUAUUCUGACA